AAAUGGCUGUCGUUUAGGUUACGCGUUCUCGUUUUAUUUUUGUUUUAUUUGCAAAAUUUUAAAAACUGUUGACUGAAAACUGAGAAAAACAUGGGUCGGUCGCCCAGCCCGCCGCGGCGGAGGGAUGACAGAGAGCGGCAUCGGGACCGCAGGGACCGGGAUAGGGACCGCGAGCGGCGGAGACCGCGCACCCGCUCCAGGUCCCGGUCUCUCGACCGUCGGCGGCGCUCCCCUGACCGCAGGCGGUCACCUUCCCCGUCCCGCCGAAGAAGAUCGCGCUCAUCCUCCCCCGGACCUUCCACCUCCUUCGCGCCAAAGCCCAAGAAAACCUUCGGAGAGCGCCCCAUCAUAACCCCAGCAGAUUUGGAGGGAAAGUCACCCGAAGAGCAAGAGAUGCUCAAAGUUAUGGGGUUCUGCGGCUUCGACACCACUAAAGGUAAGAAAGUUGACGAUAAUGUUGAGGGUGAGGUGCACGUGGUCCUGAAGCGGAAGUACAGACAGUACAUGAACAGGAAGGGCGGGUUCAACAGGCCUCUCGACUUCGUAGCAUAGGCGACUGUGACGGAUUUUUGCUACCUGUGGCAGUUUUUCAGUCAAGCAUUCUCGAGAACCGUAUUAAGACCUACAGGGUCGUGUUUUAGUUAAGUGCAUCACUUAACAUGUGAUAUCAUUGUUAGAGCUUGUUUUUUUGAACGCUGAACUUAGAGGAGAGAUUGGUUGCCCUUUGGCAGACCCUGUAUUCAGAACGGCAAAACUUGUAUAUAAACACUGCACUGUGUCUCUUAGGGAUAACAAUCCCUUACCGACAUGGUGUAGUGCUGUAGUAGUGAUCUUUUGAAGAGUGAUGGUUUGAUCAGUAAACGCUGUAAACUAUGAGCCUGGCAUAACCACCAAGAGGGGGCUCAAGCCUCGAUAAAAAAAAAAAAUUCAGCCUUAAAAGUGUUGGAAUUAUAGCGUUAGUACUUUGCCAUCAAUAUUUUAAAAGUAAAACUUGGCCAUUUUGAAAAGUAAAAAAGGUGCUGUCGGCCAUUGCUGUUUGUAAAAUUCUUUAAUUCCAUUUCAAGUUUGGAACAAAAUGUAUUUGUUAAGGAUGGAGGCUUUACUAGUAAUUACUCCAGUUGAAUAUCUUUUUUGUUACCAAAAGAAAGUGUAAAAAACAAGCUCUAACAAUAUUUUUUUUACUUAGGAGUAAGUGUUAUUGUUUUUUACAUACAAAAUGGCUGUGGCAUACAUACAUUUACAUUACACACACAUACACAUUACGCACAUAAUAGUAAUUCAAACAUACAUUCUCCUUUUUGUAAAUACAAAAGUUAGGUUAUUUUCUACAUAUGAGGAGAACACAAUCCAAAAACAGUGACAAUUGAAUUUUUUUUUUCACAGAAUUUUGUACAUUCAAAAAUCGUAUGUGUGAUACAGCCAUAACAUUUUUGCCACAAGACUGAUGAAUAACUUGUUUAACAUUUUUGCUUUACAAUAUCCAAAAUAUUUCUAUACAUUAUGUUAUGAUAGAUCUGUUAACCUCCAAAACCUCACAAAAUACAAGUAUUUAUUGUACCUACAAUAUACCAUAAACCAUACAAUUCAAGAAAAACGCUUUGGUGCCUUUAUAUUGGCAGAAUUAUCGUUUCUAAAAUGUGCAGUUAUAUAAAUUACAAUGAAAAACCGAGCCAAAAUCAACUAUUUAUGGAAUACAUAAAUGACAAGUCACUGUAGUGCUGUGUGCCACUGGUUUGCUUUCCAAAUGGGCAGUGCCAGUUUGGACCCCAGUACUGGACUUGCAGCAAUAAGUUAUUCAUCUUAAGUGCAAUUUUCCCAUCACAUUGGCCUUAACAUAAAGCUCGGCUAAGCGUGGGUACUCAGGCCAUCUUGCGAUGGAUGUACCUGCCUUGCACAAUUGGGAAUGUACUGGGAAACUUGUAAAAAUCCUAUAAAUUAUAAUCUAUGGGCACCAUAGCAAUCUGGCGGUUUAAAAGGGCCACAUCAAAGCAAUUCAUCUAAAAAAAAGCAAUAUUGCUAAUAGACAUUUGUGUGCAUUGCGCACUUGUUUUUAUGUGCGCAAAUGUCAAAUUGCAAUGUUGCUUUUUUAGAUGAAUUGCUUCGAUGUGGCGUUUUUAACGCCCCUGGACAUAAAUUAUGGAUGCAAUCAGUCUUGUGGUGUAUACUUAAGUUAGUAAUAAGUCCGUUACACAGUGCCCGCGCGCCGCCUCGGCCCGCGCGGGUUCGGUUCUGCGCUUGGCGCACCAUGAAGCUUCCAGCAGUCUCUAGACGGUGACAAAUUGUGGUCUCCAUCUCCUGGAUUCAAAGGCAAACGGGCUACAAGCCUUACUUUCUAAAUGACUUCAAAAUGUUCUUUUUUAAAACCAUUUUAACCAACCAAAUAGCUUAUUUUUCAUAGAAAUCUCUUAAGACCGGUAUCGUUGCUAUGGUCAAAUAAUAGGAUAAGUAGUCGGGUGCCUUCAGACGGCCACAACAGAACCUAAUUUAUUUCUUUAUUUGGCACACCAACAGUUCCUACAAUAUAUUCACGCAUCAUAUACAUUUAAAUCAUUCUAUCUAAUUGCACAACUUUAAAGGUGAGCAAUGCAUUCAAAAGAACAAAGGAAAAGCAAAAAAAGUGUACAAAGUUCUAACCUAGAAAUCAGACCUUGAAUUUUAGCUUGACAGCUCUUAUAAGUAGUACCGCACAUCACAAUAUUUAGUCCUUUCAAAUUAACUUGAAAUUAAGUUGGUGUGGUACUGAUUCGACGCCGAUAGACACCCCACUUCAAGCCACGGGCCUGUGUAGGGUCAAGGGCCUAUAAAGAAUAUCCGGUGAAAGUCGGUUAAAGCUUUUUUGCAAGGUCAAAAGGCCUCCCCUUACUAAAGCCAAAGGGGUGUAAUUGCAUUAUUGAGGUUUUGUGAAUGUGUGCAUAUAGGCUGAUGAAUUUACUCGUAAGUUUAUAUCACUUCAAGGUAGGCAUUCAUCUUGAAAUCGUAUUUCCAUAAACAAUAUUUAAGUAGAAGUUUUAAAAAGCUAAUUAAUAUAAUAGUAAAAUGCAUACUCUUUUCCUAUUUUCUAUUUAAAUCUUGCUCAAAUUUUAUUGCCGGUGAAAAAAUAAUCAAAAAACAAGAUGGCCGCCAUACAAAGUGUAUUAUAUUUGCUCAAUCGUUAGAAGUAGUUGGGUCAGUUUCGAAGAGAUACAAGACACGCGAAGCUUUAGCAGCGAGCGCACCGCGCAACAUCUAGUUGGUUUAUAAAAUUAAUAACUAUUAAUUUGAAAAUAGAACAUUUUGAAGUCAGAUAAACAUUAGCUGCUCUAAAUCUUACAACUUUCCUCACACUUCAGUGUUGCCGGGUUUUACAAAAUUAAAAAUAUUUUUUUGCCAACUUGGACCAGGAAUGGGAGACCGUGUUAUAAGACUGAAGUAGACCGUAUUUUUUACGUUGCCCGCAGAGCGCGCCUCACAACCCCCCUAGCAAUAGACAGAGAUAUUUAAUAUACACUGCCCCUUCCUCCACAAUAUACAAUAGUCAAGAUUUGGGAGUCAAAGAGUGCUGUUUUCAAGGCAACAUAAAAUUUAUGUCUUCCUGUUGUUUAUUUAGGUAAACAUUGCAUGCUCGAGAGGGAUUAAAAAGGCCAAAUUGAAGCGAUUCGUCUAAAAAAGCAUUAUUGUUAUUUUCACUUUAUAAAAUUGCAAUAUUGCUGAUUUUAACAUGAAUUGCUUCAAUCAAUGUGGGCAUUUUAGAGCCUUAGGGUUUAUUAAAAUGUAAAAUAAGAAAUUUGAAAUGAUAUCUCGUAUUUUUUUUUUUUUUUUUUUUUUUCAAAUAAAUCGGUUAGGUAAUAAUGAAGAUAUUUCACACGCAAUUUUUGCCUAAACUCAACAAACAAGACAGACAAACCAAUUGUUUUAACAACAGCACUCUCUGCCUAACAAGUCUCCAUAGAUAUACACAAGUUGUACCAAUAAUUGUGAUAUUAUUUAAUAUUAUAAGCACAAUACAUGCUCUCUGCGGGAUGCGGUUUGCGUUUCGAGUCCCCUUCUAGACGACUGGGGUCGCUUGUCACUCCAUCAACACUUUUGAAUGAAUCUACAAAACUUUUCAAAAGUUGGAAACUAUUCUGACUAAUAUACAUUGAAAUAAUAUAGGAACUGGGCAAUACACAAUGUUAAGGCUGCGUUUCCAUUGACGCGGAGAUGUGCAGGAAUCGACCAAUCACCGUGAGGAAGACAGUGACAGAGCGUCUUCGUUUUUCGCUCUCUCGAACGCUGUGAUUGGUCAAAUCCGCACUUCUCCGCCCGUCUCCGCGUCAAUGGAAAUCCGGACUAAAGAAAAUCUGUCAUCUGUAAGUUUGGACUACUAUCUGACUA